AUGACAUUACUUUUGACCCUGAUCCCAUUAUUGCAAUGGACGGGGGGUCAUUCUAAGGAGAUAGACGAGUACAGCAAGCUCGGUAGUAUGUCUGUUCUUUCGAGUUCCUCAGUUGGAUGGGGUGUCAGAGCUCUGGAAAGCGAGGAGCCUCCGGUCGUUUCAAUCGACGACCCGAAACAAAGACAGCUGGCCUUUCAAGGGAAGCUUUUGUUUCAAGAGGACUUGGAGACUUUUAAUGAGACCGACCCAGAAUACGAUUGGGAUGACUUUGAACAAGUCUCGGCUCAUCGCCGGCUGGUCGAAGAUCUCCUCGAUCCAGAAUAUUAUGAAAGCACCGUGCAUCCCGCGAUGGAUUUCAGGGAUUCCGUCCGAGUUAACCUGAGUAUGAGUUUGUAUCAGAUAUUGCAAGUUGACGAGAGAUCUCAGAGCCUGACUGUGAGUGUGUGGAUGGUCCAGGAUUGGUAAGGACCCAUGCAAGACCAUCUCACAUUACAGGUACGACCAGUUUUUGGAUUGGGAUCCUCAUGAUUACGAAGGAAUUAAUAAAACCAUCCUCCCAUACAAUGAGAUAUGGAUACCCGAUACUUUUCUUUACAAUUCAGAAUCUAUGGAACAGAAGAGAACGGAAGCAUUGAUGAAUGGAAUCAUCGAAACAGGGUACUGGAGGAAUGACAGUAGAGGAGCAUACGUCCAGUUAAUGUUCCCGGCCAUUUACAAACUGAGCUGUCGAAUGAAUGUGUAAGGAAGUAAUAAUUCAUAUCUUUAAGCACGUUUCCUCGGGAAAGGUAAAAAAGAAAAAGCAGCUGAAGUUUUUGUUCAAUGCCCUAAGGGGUUUUAAAAUUCAAAACAUUUAGAAGGGAUUGGCUUAUUUGAUUCUUUUAAAAUUAUAAUACAUAAUGCACAUGCAUUAUAGGACCAACUGUUACAAAAAAUACAAAAUUUAAUAUUAAUCGAUUCUGUUAAUUUUGUUUUUUUAAUUGCAGUCGAUUCUUUCCCUACGACCAGCAGAAUUGCACUUUCAUCAUAUCCUCUUGGACUCACGACUCGAGUACAAUAAAUUACUUCCCGAAAACAGAGCAUGUCAAUAUGAGGAACUUUGCUCAAAAUGUGGAAUGGGCCGUGGUCAGCUUCAAGUUUAAUCGAGUCGAGCAGUACUUCAAGUGUUGCGAGAAGCCGUGGGUGAUGAUCUAUGCUCAUCUGGUGAUCCAAAGGAAGCCUCUCUAUUACAUCAUCAACCUGGUUAUCCCCACUUCCAUCAUUACUGUGGUCGCUGUCACUGGAUUCUUCACUCCAUCGUCCACCUCCUCCGAACGAGAUGAGAAAUUAUAUCUCGGGAUUAACACUGUAAGUCGUUGAAACCAUUUUUAAGGUCCAUUAACGACUUUUUUAGCUCUUGACCAUGGCCAUUAUGUUGUUAAUGAUCAGUAAUAAAAUGCCGAGCACUUCUACUUAUGUCCCUUUAAUGGGCUGGUAUUACAUGGGGAUCAUAUUUGUGAUUGUGGUGGGUACCCUGCUAGCUACAGUAGUGUUGUUUGUGCACAGUAGAAAGGUCCAUUUGAAGCCAGUGCCUUCUUUAUUGCGAGGUAUAUUGACACGGACCGUUGUUUGGAAAGUAAUUCUGGAACCACCGACGCAAUUACUGGAGAUAUGGACUGAGUUCGGGAUUCUCCACGAGAUGAGAAUUGAUCCCAAGGAAUUGGAUCCACUGGUACUCGAAAAGUUGGGACCUAAUAAGGUAGAAUUACCACAGACAAUGUACAUAUAAUAUUUUUAUUACAUUAAUACGUGUUAAAAUACUUUCUUUCAGAAUGCGAAUCCCCUGAACUUUUUCUCGUCGAUCUCAUCUCAAGUCAGUGCCCAAAGUGCAUAUAGAUAUGAGAGAAGAUUACAUUCAGUCACUAAACAAUAUGCAGAUCAGGUGAAAUUGAGAGAGCGCAGAGAAAGAAAGAGACGGGAAACUCUCAGAAAUGCCGCUGAUUUCUUGACUUAUGGAACUACUGACGUCGAAUUAAACAACUCGAGGAUCGAAAAGAAGAAGAAACUCAUGAGACGGUGAGUGUAAUCCAAAAAUAAAAACAAUUUAAUCGCAGAUGUGCCUUGGAAUGGGAAUAUCUGGCGAAUGUGAUCGACCGGAUAUUGUUAUUUAUAUUCUGUCUGAUCACAAUCGGAUUCUUCGUCCUUCUCGCUUUCUUCGACGGAUUUUACACAGUUGGAGGGGAGAAGGAGCCGUGA